CUCCUCCCUCCCUGUCUCUCUUUCUCUCCUCCCUUGCUCUGCCACUGUGCACACUCCGCUCUGUCUGUGCCUGCGUUUUUUUUCCCCCCUUCUCAUUCGUUCUCUGUCUCUCGGCGGCGGCAGCUCAGGGAGGCAGCUGUAUGUGCGUCUGCAUAACAAUUGCCACAGGUAAAGACAGCUGCAUCGUCGGAUGUUGCCAACCCCACAGGGGGUUAGGGAGCCUUUGCUGCUGCGGUUGCAAGUUCUCAUCCCAGCGCGGGGUGCACAUUUCUAAUCAUCUCCAAGAAAGCAUCCUGGAGGGGAAGGACGAGCAGAGGAUCCCAGCAACCCGACCAACAAAUCACAAGCUGAUUCGAAAGAGCACGGGCUUUCAGGGACUGAGGAGAAAACACCACUCAGAGAGAGAGAAGAGAGAAUCAGUGGGAUAUUUUUAAACAUUGUAGCCUCCUGUUUGUGUUUUUGCUCGUCUCUUGCUUUCUACUCUUUCUGUUUCAAUCAUUUUCAUCCACUCCCUGCCUUUCGUCCUUUUCCUCUCUCAUUUUAUCUGUCUGUGGCGGAAUGUUCCCUGCAAAUAGAUGAGAAGAGGCUUUCUGUGCGCUUGCUGCAGUAUUAACGGACAGUGUACUGAGACAGCAGGGCGCUGAGCGGACAGCUUGGGGAAAUCUGAUCCACAGCCGGCUGGAGAAGGAGCAGGAUCACGCGUCGCAGUUGCAGAUUUAUCCGCCCUGUGAUACCACUGCGCGACAACACCCCUCAUUCUUUUUUUUUUUUUUACCCUCUCCCUCUCUCAGUCCUCAUCUGAAGUGUUGCUUUUUGACUGGAUCAGGAACAUUAAUUGGAUUCUACUGCUUUUUUCAGCCUCACUGGAAUUUAGAGCACACCAUAAAGUGGGUUUGGAUCCAAAGAGUGAAAAAUAAAAAUAUCCUCAGUAAAGGAAAGGCUAGUUGAAAAAGCAACACGCGCAAAGAUAGCGGAUAAUCCAAGGAGAGUGUUCGACACAGACAUAAACGACAGAUUUCUCGCUCUCUUUCAGUAACGAAAGAGACAGAUUUUGGGAGCUGAGGGACGCUGACUCGGCUAAAGCUGUUGGAACAGGCUGCAUUGGGAAACAUCUUUCAUUUUUUUGGUCCUGCACAGGGUGGGGAGGUAACAAGACCCACCCUGCAAGUUUCACUCCCCUGAUUAGACAAUACUGUCCCGUCGUGGAUCGUGCUUGGAGGGGACAUAUUUGCAUGUUCAGUGGAAAUAGCUGUGGAUUUUUGCUGCAGUGACAUCCGAGCACUGAUGCCACAGAUUCCUCACAUGCACAGAUGUAAAGCUGUUCCUUCCCACCCAUCUCUCCCUCCCGUUCCUCUUUCUCCCUCUUAGAAGCAUCUUCUUCUUCUUCUUCUUCUUCUCCUCCCCUGGCUUACCCUACUGUGAACGUUCUUGAAGUUCACUGUGACUUCAGUUGGACAUCGGGAGUUGGGCAGGACUAAACGCGGACUAAUCGGGCGAUUAUCCGUCUACACCAGCUCUCCCAUUUCUCACUGGGUGUCUCUGAGUGUGAGUGUGUGUGCUUGUGUGUUUGUGGUUGCGUGUCUGCAUGAACCUCCUGCACCCCUCCCCUUCUCUCUAUCCUUGGAUUACAUAUUUGUGUACGUGUUAUUGAGCGUCCGAUUCCCGUGAAGUCUUUUUGUAUCCAUUUCUCCACCUUUCCCGUUGUUUCUUCUCGUUAUCCGGCAUUGUUGGGAACCUUUCUGCCAUGUGCUACCGAUGCUUAUCACAGGGUUAACCCUCAAUGAGCCAUAACGGACGGCAGGGAAGGAUGAGCGAGUGUUCUGGGGCAGCUGUUUCCGGGGCGGUGAUCCUGGAGGAACCUGAGGGUUCGGGGCCUUCAGGGGGCCGUGGCGAGGGCCAGGCCCAGGAGCAGGGUCCCCUUCGCUGUGCAGUUUGGCCUCGCCAGCAGACAUGGCUGUGUGUGGUCCCCUUACUUAUCGGUUUCAUUGGCCUUGGAUUGAGCCUGAUGCUGUUGAAAUGGAUUGUCGUUGGUACAGUGCGGGAUUAUGUGCCAACAGAUCUGGUGGAUGCUAAUCGAAUAGGCCAGGAUCCUAUCUUCCUCUCCAAGCCAAGCGGGGUUCCCAAAAGUCCUGAUACUACCACCACAACUACCCCUACAGUUGACGGUGGGAACCCCACACCUAGAACUGUAACUGUUGCGAAAGGUAGAACUCGUUCCACCGCUACCACCACGACUAUAAACCCUAGAGGUGGAGGAGCCUCGGGUAGCCAGGUAACCCCUCGGAAUCCUGUAAAUCGUAAUGGACGUGGACCUUCAGGUUUUACUACAACCACUGCAGCACCACGGACAACCUUCGUAAUUGGAGCCGCAACUUCUAGCCCCUCACCAUCCAAUCCAACUGUACUCCAUGACUCUACACAGAUGUGGACGCUGGAGCAUACUACUACUGAGACGGUCUCCACCACGCUCACCACGCGUACGCACGGCCACCGCAAAACACCAUCUCCAACUGUCCCUCCGCUGCACUCGGAGCAUUUCAAACCCUGUCAUGAGAAGGACCUGGCCUACUGCCUGAACGGCGGCGAAUGCUUUGUCAUCGAGACGCUUAGUGGGCCUCACAAGCACUGCAAGUGUCGAGAGGGCUACCAGGGAAUCCGCUGUGACCAGUUUCUGCCAAAGACAGACUCCAUCCUAUCGGACCCAAAUCACUUGGGCAUCGAGUUUAUGGAGAGCAAAGAAGUGUACAAGAGACAAGUGUUGUCAAUCACAUCCAUCGCUAUGGCGAUCAGCCUCCUGGGAACCCUGUGCAUGGCCCUCUACUGCCGCAACAAGAGGCGCAGAGAGAAGCUCCAGGCCCACCUGAAGGAGAGCCGCAGUUUGAAAAACUACACUGCUAAUGCCCAUAAUGCCCUGGAUGCCAAGAUGAGGGCCCCUAACACCAACCUGCAAAUGCAUGAGUACUGCAAACGCUCCUCCCAGUCUCGCCAGGGAAACGUUUGUGAGUCCAGCUUUGCCCACUGCAACAUCUCCACCACACCCUCCAGCAGCUCCAGAGGCACGGUGAAACACCACAGAAGUGGUUCCUUGUCUCACAGCCCCGAUCAGAGAUCCCGGGCAGCCCAUUGGUCAGCACCACGCAGGACCCCGCCCAUACCCAGGGGACGGCUAAAUCCAAUUGGAGGAUCCAAGUAUUCAGGCCCUGCCUACCAACACCUCCAGGAAGUAGAUUCAUCUGAGAGGGAGGCCGAGGCACAAAGAGGUUGCCAAAUGCAAGCGGAGAGCCAAUGUGACGACCCCAGACGAGAUGCCUUUCUACAUAUGCAAACUCCUGUUUCCAUGGAGACAUCGUCGCCUUGGAGUGGCCGCAUGGAGGUGCGUUCAGGCCCGUGCGCCCCAUCCGAGCACAACGAUCCAAACCCCACCACCCGCAGCCUGCGCAGGCCUGGACGCCGUCACAGCCACUCCCCGCCUCCUCCAUUUCGCUCCUGCUCUAUCCCCAUCAUCCCCUCCGUCCAGUGUCACCAUGACAACGAGGUGUCUUGUAUGCAAACCAGCGUCACACCGGUGACCACAGCGAUGUCAUCCACCUGUGGAGCCAUGCCCUGCAAGGAAGCAAGGAGAGAGAAGGCAGCACACGCCACUUUGUCUUCUUCUUCCUGUUCGUCCGCCAUUGGUCAGCAGCAGGAUGAGGUGGCGCUGCUGCUGGAGGAGGCGCAGGAGCAGCUCAGGGCAUUGGCGUUGGCUCACAGGAAGCAGGAAGAAGGUGGGAUCAGCAGCAGCGGAUUGACGGCCACGCUGGUGGAGGCCAGAGAAACUGUUUGCUUCCUGAACCUUAAUGGAGGAAGUGCCGGGGCGCUGAGCUGUAACGGACCCACGCAGACCCAGUUACUCAGCCCCAGCAUAUCACACAGAGACUUGGGCCAAACCAGCCAAUGAGAGGACACGAUUUAGGACAUUCACUUUCGGUUUGACAGUGUUUGACAGACUCUGGUGUUCUGCAUCUGUGGGACGCGAAUGGAAAUGCGGAAUUUAAAAAAAAAAAAAAAAAUGUAAUAUCAUGGAAAUUCUGAAAAUGUGCUGAUGAUAUGCAUACUGUAUGGAUACAAACAUACAAACACUUCUCGAGUGGCCGCCUUUACACCGACUGACAGUAUGGAAAAAGAGAAAAAAAAAUAUUUACAUGCAUUUAUUUACAAAACAAGAGAAACACUUCUACUUAGACAAAAAGAAACCAAAUAGUCUGUCAACUCC